AUGGGUCCUAAAUUGCUCUUCUUUCUCCUAACAUUGCAUGUUUCAAUUGCAAUUUUUUUCAUUCCAAGUGUUAAUGGAGCUGAUCUUGUGAAUCAAACCUCACCGGGGACGAUAUGCGGCUCCACUCCUAACCCUUCAUAUUGCAGGUCAGUCCUCCCUAACCUAAACGGCACCGUUUUUACAUACGGCAGAUAUUCCAUCCAAAGAUCUCUAUCGCAAUCCCGGAAGUUCAUGGCCCUGGUCGAUCAAUAUCUUAAACGCCGUUCGUCUUUGUCGACGACGGCCGUCCGAGCUCUCGAGGAUUGCCGGCAGCUCGCAGGACUGAACAUAGACUUUCUCUCCACUGCCAUGCAGACUCUCACCACCACGAGCUCGACGCUCCCGACGUCUCAGGCGGAUUACGUGCAGACUCUUCUCAGCGCCAUCUUGACCAAUUUGCAGACGUGCAUUGAAGGAUUACAAACGACGUCGUCGGCUUGGAGUGUGAGGAACGGCAUCUCGGCUCCUUUAUCGAGCGACUCGAAGCUGUAUAGUGUCUCCUUGGCGCUAUUCACGAAGGGUUGGGUGCCGAAGAGGAAGAAAGCGAAGAUGACAUGGCAGCCUUCUGGAAAGCAGCUUGGGUUUAGCAACGGACGGUUGCCGUUGGAUAUGUCCAGCAGGGCGAAGACGAUUUACGAGACGGUGAGCAGGAGGAAGCUGCUACAGGAGGAUAAUAGCUCAAAUGGUGUUCUAGUGAGUGAUAUCGUGACGGUUAGCCAAGACGGGACUGGGAAUUUUACGACCAUAAACGACGCCGUUAAUGCUGCUCCGAACAACACGUUGCCCUCCAACGGCUAUUUCUUGAUCUUCAUCACUGCCGGCGUUUAUGAAGAGUACGUUUCCAUUGGUAGCAAGAAGAAGAACUUGAUGAUGAUCGGCGCCGGUAUCAACCAGACGAUCAUCACCGGCAACCGUAGUGUCGUUGAUGGAUGGACCACUUUUAACUCCGCCACCUUUGCUGUGACGGCACCGAACUUCGUGGCGGUUAACAUAACAUUCCGUAACACAGCAGGACCCCAAAAGCACCAGGCUGUGGCGAUGCGUAGCGGCGCAGACCUAUCGGUGUUCUACAGUUGCAGCUUUGAAGCCUACCAAGACACGUUAUAUACCCAUUCUCUCCGGCAAUUCUACAGAGAAUGCGACGUUUACGGCACCGUCGACUUCAUUUUCGGAAACGCCGCCGUCGUUUUACAGAACUGCAAUCUCUUCCCCAGACUCCCCAUGAGCGGCCAAUUUAACGCCAUCACCGCUCAAGGCCGCACGGAUCCGAACCAGAACACCGGCACCUCGAUCAUCAACUGCACGAUCCGAGCGGCCGACGACCUAGCCACCAGCAGCUCGAGCGUGCAGACGUACCUUGGGAGGCCAUGGAAGGAGUACUCGAGGACGGUUUACUUGCAGAGUUUCAUGGACAGUUUGAUAAACCCAGCUGGGUGGCGGGAAUGGGACAAAGAUUUUGCUCUGAAGACGCUGUAUUAUGCGGAGUAUAACAACACUGGGCUUGGAUCGAACACGAGUGGCAGGGUGAAAUGGGAUGGUUAUCACAUCCUAACGAAUGCCAGCGACGCCUCCAACUUCACCGUCGCCAACUUCUUUGUUGGGGAUCUAUGGAUACGACCGACUGGAGUGCCCUUUUUUAGCGGACUACUUUGAGUGGACUGCAUGUUU